AUGAAGUCCGCCAGCGACGAUGCCCACCACGAAGAAGCCCCCAAGGACGAGUCCGCCCUUUUACCCGCACUCGAACCCAAGGACGACCAGUGGAUCCAUCGCGACAAGUUGGCCAAGAUUGAGAGCCAGGAGCUGCAAGCAGCUGGUCUAUACGUUCCACGCUCACGAGCUCCCAGCAAGCAGGCCAGAGACCGUAGUCGUAGCGCGAUGCGGCGCGGCACAGACGCUUCCGAAACGCGGUCGCGUAAGAACUCGGCGUCCGUCGAGCAGAGGGCUUCCGACUACCAAGCCCCCAGCUGGGACCUGAGGACCCCCGAGGAGAUUGCCGAGGAGGAAGCCAGUGCCUACUUUAUUAGCAAUGGGCUGCGGGGGGCGUCGCGGAUACCCGUGGCCAAAACCAGCCCUGCGCCCAUAUCGCUCGACCAUCUGGAAAGGGGGACGCUGAUGAGCGAGAGUCCCGAGACCACCGCACGAUCUAGGAGCGCGUCGGCGAGCCUGCGGAACCCGACGCUCCCUGCCGCCAAACGGUCCAACACGGACAUCUCGCCCAAAAAGGCGCCUACGUCGGGGGCCGGUCGCAAGAUGUCGAGCGGAGCCAAGGCUGGCCAGCGGCCCAAGACGCGGAAUGGCUCUGGCAGCACCACGCGCCCGCCGACGAGGUCGGGCGACUCACCACCCAACAAACAGCCCGAAGGUGAUCCGCCAUGGAUGGUCAACGCGUACAAGCCCGACCCUCGACUGCCGCCUGACCAGCAGCUGCUGCCCACCGUCGCGCGACGGUUGCAGCAGGAGAAGUGGGAAAAGGAUGGCACAUACGGGAGCGUCUAUGACAAGGAAUUCCGGCCUCUCAACGACACGGCCCUCCUACAGCCGCCCGAGGCAGCAGCAGGCCAAGCACCGCAGACUGAUUCGGCCGACGCGGAGCCUGCGCCCAACGGGGAAUGGCCGCUUCGACCAGCAGCCGACAAGUCCCCCAGCAUACGGCAGGGCUCCUACUCGACCAUGCCCAAGAUCUCCGACAAACCGCCCACCUCGCCGAUGCCCUCGCCACGACCCAACGCGAACCCGCAAAUGUUCCAGCCGCAGAUUGAGGUGUCAAGCCCAGCCGCGCAGCGUCCGCCCGAGACCAAGGACGAGCCCAAGCGAGGCGGAUGCGGGUGCUGCGUCGUGAUGUGA